AUGCAGUUUCUCAUCGACACGGGCAGUGAUCUCUGUGUCUUCCCGCACUCAUUGCUAAAACAGCGCCGCUCUAAAACAAAUUACCAGCUGUCCGCCGCUAACGGUUCCCCCAUUGACACCUUUGGCUACGCACACCUAAUUCUAGACCUGGGCCUACGCCGCGAAUAUCCCUGGCGUUUUAUCGUUGCCGAUGUUAGUAAAGCGAUUAUCGGAGCCGACUUUCUAGGACACUACAACCUUAUGGUUUACAUCCGACAAAAACGAUUGGUCGAUGCUACCACUACCAUUUUCGCAACAGGCACAGUCGCACCCUCGUCGGACAAGAUAUUUUCCGUUAAAAUAAUGACUGGCGAUUCAAAAUGGCACAACUUGUUAAAAGAGUACCCCGAGAUAACCCAUCCCGCUGGUGUCCAAAGUCAAGCCAAACAUAACACCGUCCAUUAUAUCAAGACCAUUCCUGGACCACCUGUCUCCUCAUCUCCACGUCGCCUAGCCCCUGAUAAAUUGAUAAUUGCCAAAAAAGAGUUCGAAGCAAUGCUUAAAGACGGAACAACUAGGCCAUCAAAAAGUCCUUGGGCAUCACCUCUACAUCUAGCGCCAAAAAAGGAUGGCGCCCUUGUGGGGAUUACCGUAUGUUGA